UCGCAACAGUAAAGUAUUUAUUCCAGUUCCAUCCAGUUGAGGAUCAUAUUCAUCACGCUGGAAUGGACGGUUUGGUGAGGAUCUGUGCCACUGGCUGUCAUUAUAUCACAUGACAUUGUAGCUACUGUAAUUUUUUGACAGACCACCAGAAAGUAUAUCUGAAUCCUGUCUCAUCCAGUCUAGAGUGACGUGUUCAUACUGUUGAAAUGUAUGCCAUACAGAUAAAGUGCAGUCUUGUGUAUUUUCAAUCACUGACAUCAAAAUCGUAUCCAUAUUACUUCUGAAAAUACUGUCAGAGUGUCUUUGUGAACAAUGACACAAGGACUUGUCAUUCUGAUGACACUGAUAUAAGGAUUAUGAGCUGGUUACAGGCUAUUGCAGGUAAUUCAUUGUGUGCUGUUAUUUGUAUGAACUGUUUUAAGAAAUGCACAUACUGGUUUACAUCUUAAGGAUGCAUAUGAAUGAGAAUAUAUAAUAGGAGAGCAGUUGCAGCAAACAUUGUUUUAUAUUUAGAGAGAGAGAAAGAGAGCAGUUACAGUAUUUAGUAUAAAAAGUUUUUAAAAGAAUCAUGACUCAAGCUGGGACGUUUACAUGUUUGUUUACAGAUUUAUUUAUUUAACCCUAACCCUAACCCUAACCCUAGCCCUAGCUGAGAGCUGCAGACAGUCUGACACUGAGUGACUCGCCGCCCUUCCCCCACCAGCCUCUGAUCGCGCGCGCGCCUCCCGCCCAUCCCCCACAGCAGCAGCGCAGCAGCUUCAGUGCAGAGUGAGAUCAACUCUGAGGAGAGAUCACGAGUGCUGCUCAAAAGAUGGAAUAAUCUCGUCGUGGCUAUGCGUUUUUAAAGCACUUUUACAAGAUCUAGCAGCUUUUCCUUCCUUUAUAUUUAAUAUAAAAUACCAUAAAUUAAAAAAAAAAAAAAUUUAAAGAAAAUGCUGUUAAUAAAGUGCACGUUAAAGUUUAUUUUAGAGCCUCGAAAUAAUCCACACAUCUCCCUGAUUUUAACUCAAACAUUUGAUUAAAUAGAAUUAGUAAAAAUUAAGAUAUGUGUUCCAAAGAGAUCGUUUAAAAGUGAUCAUGUGCUCUGUCCAUUAGAAAGACGUACGCCUCCGUUUUUAUUUUAUUUUUUAUUUUUUUAUUUAAGUUUGAAGAACCAGUACUGUAAAUAAAACAAACAAAGAUCUAGGUGUUUGCCAAAAUAUUUAUUAGGUCAAAUAAAUGUAGUCACAAUUUCAACGUGAAAUCCAAAUACGUAACUACGUCACGUACACACGUCAGCUGUGGAUGUGUUUUCCCGGGAAAUGCAGUCACAUGGCAUUGCUUGACGCGAAAAAGACGACAACCCCCAUCAAUGGACGCUGGAGAGAAAUAAUGCUGAAAAGCAAAAGGCGUAAAACACCUCUGCAGGAUGCAGAGGAUCACAUGACCCAUAGAACUGAUAAGCCUGGACUUCAAGAGCAGUUCAUCAGCAAAUAUAAAGGGCGUGGAGUUUUCACCACUAGAGCUUUUUUCAGGGGUGAUUUCGUUCUUGAAUACAGAGGUGAACUUCUGAGUUCAGAGGAAAGUCUUGACCGAACUGAACACUACACUGAGGCCGAGAACGCGUUCCUGUUUGAUUUUCAGUGGAGUGGCAGAAAUUGGUGCAUGGAUGCAUCUAAAGAAGACUGUUCCUUGGGAAGACUUGUAAAUGAUGAACACAGAAAUCCUACUUGCAAAAUGAGAACCCUUGAAGUGAGCAGAAACCUCACCUGUGUCUCUUUGCUGUGCGAGACAUUCUACCAGGAGAAGAAAUCACCUACAAUUACGGAGACUCAGACUGGCCAUGGCGAGUCAAGAAGGAAAGGAGUGAUAGAUAAAGUUACUGUAGGACAGCUAGAGUAA